AUGCAAUCAAUUACCGCCCUACUGUUCGUUGCCUUUUGCAUUUUCAUAAUCACCAGAAGUCUCGUUGUCCAAAAGUCAUGGCAGCAGUGGAAGAAGCAGGCGUCAUCUGGCCUCGGUUUCACCAAGUCAACCUCAACGGUUUCCUCCUCCACUCAUAAAGAAACCCUCCUGAAAGACACCCCACCAUAUAUCUUCCCACCGAUUCGGCCUCGAACGGCAUUACGGACAUCGAUGGGCCUUAGACGCCUCGAAGUUUCCAACUGGUUAACUAUCGACAAAAACUACAACCCCGAACAUGGACUCCGUGUCAACUUGCUGUCCUCACACAAACCACAAGUCAUACAAUGCCUUCCCGGUUCAGAAGAGGCUUGCCACGAGGUCCUCUCUCUGGUAGUUGAUUUCCUAACUUCUCGAUUCCCACAACACUUCACAGUUACCAAUACUUCCGAGGGAAGGAGAAUCUACAACAGCCUCACAAACGAAACUUUCGUCAUUGGCCAAGCAUGCCCCAACCCUCUUGAAGUCGCCGCCAGGCUAGCAAUGGAAGAUUUCACGGUUCUAAUGAAGGAUGCCAACACAGGGGAAUAUCGUCUCCAAGCAUCCGCCACGUUGUUUCCCGCUGGCUGGAAACUACAGGAGAGGAUUGGAAUGUCUAUGGCGAAGCUACACGGUCCUGUCCCCAAAUGGAAGGAACAACUUAGCGGACACGUGAACAGAUAUUUCGACCAUCUAACCGCCAAAUCAUCAAUGGAACGUACAAACCUCUUCAUUCAAACAACACCCGAUCUCUUCGUUGAUGGCCCUGAAAUGCCCCGCUCACCUUCAGAAGCCGCAAUAACGCCAAGCGAUCUUUGGGUGAGGAGAGAACGGCAAAUAUUCAGAAGGUUAGAACGGUGUGGUGCCGUGUUAUUUACCGUGCGUACUUACAUGCAGCGGCUUGUGGAGGUGGAGGGCGCCCAGGUGGAGGCGCUCAAGACCCAGGUUGAGGGGUGGGAUGAAGAUAUUAUGGAUUAUAAGGGGUCGAAGAUUUGGGGUGAGACAUUUCGAGAGUGGUGUGCGCAGAGGGGUCUAGGUGUCGAGGGGGCUUGA